GCUAAAAAUGUUUAUAAAUACGUUUUAAAUAUUUUUUUUUACUUUCUCGUAUACAGAUCGUACAGAAAGUAUUGCACUCGUGAAUUAAAAAUCAAAAUAAGUGGUGUGAAUACUUCUACAAUGGAGGGAUCGUUUAGUAAAGAUAAUGAUCUUGCUGAGGUAAAGCCAUUUGAUGUGGCUGGUCCUUCAACAGCAGAAAUUGUGUUAAAAGAGGAAAUUUUACCUGCUGAUAUAGAGAUGGUAGCAGCUGAAGAACUUGUAACUGCGCCACAACCACUGGAGCACAACUAUUCUAAAAUGAAACUAAAGACCCACCACAUUGAAAUUGGGACGUAUGAUAAAUUAAUUAAUUGCUAUUCAGAACCAACUGAACCGCUACUGAAUGGGUACAUUGCACGAAGUGUGCAACACUGUACUAUGAAAAAUCUGACUUUCGUGUGUAGUAAGGAUAUGGCAGAGAAACAGGGAUUGACUAAUGCAAAUAGUGAACUAAUUCAAAAGUUUUAUAGUGCUGUUUCAAAGCUAAUGAGAGAAAUCAAUCACUUAAAAAAGGAUACAAUUACCAACUGGAACAAGAUUGUGGAGCUUCUAAACAAACCUUUUACAUCCAAAGAUGAGGUCAUUACCACCGUAAUGCCGAAUGGAGAAAUACAUACAAAUAAUUUAGAGAUUAUUAAAGUACAUAAGUUGCCUACUAAGGAGCUAUCCUUAAGUAAGGAAGAUAGACCUAGUGUGGCAAGGGAGGUUAAGAUACAUACUAGUCCAUUCAUAGUGAAAAGCUUGAUCAAACCCAAGGUCAGUCCUAGUGUUUUCACAGACGAACAGAUGACCCCAGUUGAGGAAAGUGGAAAUGGGUUAACGAUAAAAACCAACUGUUGCUCAAGGUGUCAUGUGACUGGUCAAGAACUACUGAAGAGUAGAAAGACAAUUAAAGAGCUUCAAGAAAAGUGUCGUACUCUUCAGGUACCUAGAAUAGAAAGAAUGCAAAAAGAGUUAGAGAACAAAUGUUAUAAGAGCAAUCAGGCACUUCUUCAGAGUAGAAAGAAAAUUAUUGAGCUCAGGGCAACGAUUCGCUCUCUUCAGUCACCUAGAAUAGGUCAUUUGCAAGAAGCUUUGAAAAAAAAAUCCAUGCAGGCAGCAAAGUUGAAAUCUGAGUUAAAAACAAUCUCUACUACAGAGAAAGAGAAGGGUGAACUGGCCUUAGCAGCAACACGUCAAGAAUUAAGGUUAUUAAGAGUUGUCCAUACUAAAUUGCAGAAAAAAUUGCAGACAUUUACGGAAACAAAUAACCAAAAUGUUCUUCUUUUGGCAAAUAAGCUGAAACUUUGUCAGAAUGAAAAUGAUGACCUGAAGAGAGAGAAUAAAAAGCUCGCUGAAGAAAACCGCGCACUAAAUGAUAAACUUUCUACUGAGUUGAUUUUCGCAAUUUGAUUCUUUUACAUGAUCUGGAUAAAUAGCUUGAUAGCUGAAUGUUUAAAGUAAAGGUCCAGAAUUUAGUGAAUGGUCUAUAUUUGACAGCAUUUGUGAUCUGUUCUGUUUAGUUUUUCUUUUACCUGUAUUCAAAUAAUAACAGUUAUUUUAAAAACUUAUGAAUUUUAUUUAUGAUUGAUUGAUAAAGAAUUUUUGCAAAAAUACUACAAUGUACUGUAAUUUAUCAUCACCUCUGCCCUAUUGGGGUAUGGGCCGCCAACCAAGGAUUUCGAGAAUCCAUCUUUUUUUAAACUUUCAGCUUGAAGGUCUUGUCACCAGGCAUUUGUUAGAAAACCUCUUGGUUGGCAGUCUACACAAUGUUUACCCUACCUAAUUCCAUCUUCUUUUCCUGUUGUACAGUUACUUGUAAUAAGAUGUGUGAUACAUAUAUAUAAAUCAAUACAUUGGUGUAUUUGUCUUUAAUUUACUAUCUCUUUGUUAAUUAUAAUAAACAUGUUAAAUGU